UCCAUCUUCGUGCAUUCCUAAAUCCCCAAUUAUAGUGCUACAGAAUCUUGCCUUUUACAGACUUCCAAGAAUCCCAUUUCUUUGUUUGCAUCACCUCGUAGAAACAAUGUCAUGCAACAACUAGCAAAUGCAAGAGAUUAUAUUAACAUUUACAGCCGAGGCCUUUGCGGUCUAAACUUUACUACACAAAUUACAGGCUCCUCCUCAGCUCCCUGCACCCGAUCAGCAUUCCUACCCUGGAGCAAAGCCUUUCAUCUGAUCCUGUGAGUGUAUACACACUGCCUUCUAAACCCAUGUAAUGGCUCUCUGUGUGUGAGGACAGACAGGGGGAAUCUAGAUGAGCUCUGAAACAGACAGCUGACGAAUCAACAAAGCCUCUUUUUUUUUUCUGGAGUUUUAGAUUGGUAUCUGCCCAGGUGUGUGCAGUCUGUGCUCUUAGAUACUGGUGGUGAGACACAGCUCUUUAUUUCUUGAGACCUUGCAGUUUUUAAGUCUCGUAAUUACAAAAAGAUACAAAGAGCGUCACCUUAGGAUUAGUAAAUCUCUGUUUAAAGCCAGAUACAGGAACUCAGGAAAGUACAAUUAAAGAUCACAGAGUGAGUAAACAUGGAUCAUGUUAUAGAUGCCUGUAGAGUCCGUUAAAACAGUUUAAUAUUGUUGGUAUGUGUCUGUGUAAUGUUUUAUUGUAGUUCCUUAAGAAAUUAGCUUUAUUGCGAUAUGUAUGAUAGAGAAACAGUAUUAAGACAUUCUACAGUGGCAUGUGAUAGCUUCAUUAAUGAGUUAUGAUACUUUUAUCCAAGUAUGCUAAAAACUGCACAAAUAAGUUGCAUAGUCUGUCAUAAUACUUCAUAACUUUGCAACUUAAAGUUACUGUAAAGUUGUCAGCUUUUCCCAGUAAGAUACUAUGGCAGUAAAGAGUGUGACAUGUUUUUCUUUGCUUUGCUUGCUAUUGUCUGUCUUUGGUUGCCUUGCUGAGAAAAGCCAGUACUUUUUCAUUGCCUAAAUAGUUUUGCUAUCACUGUUAUAGUGGGAGGAUUUCCAAGAGGGCUGUUCCAAAUGGCAAAAGUACACACUCUACUGGUCUUUACCCUGCAAGUACUCUACUCUUGCCAUGCAAACUCCACUUUUUCCAGUGACUUCUUCUACCAAAACAUCUUGAAUGGAAGUGCGAAUGGAGAAAUUCAUUUCAAUGGCAUAAAACUGCGAGUUGAAGUUCAGCCACACUCUGUGUUUGCUGUGAGGGGUAGUAAUGUCACCCUGCCCUGCCAGUUCAGGUACGAGCCUCCAUUAAUCAGCCCUCGGAGGGUGAGGGUCAAAUGGUCCUUGUUACUACACUCCGGGGACGAAGCGUCCAAUGUGCUUGUGUCUAUUGGUCACCGUGAACGAAGCUUUGGAGCGUUUAAAGAUCGAGUGCAUCUUCAGAAGGAUGUCCAAGGAGACAUUUCACUCAUUAUCACCAAUGUGAGCCUGCAGGACAGUGGACAGUAUCGCUGUGAGGUUAUUGACGGGUUGGAGGAUGAGAGUGCAACAGUGAAUUUAGGGUUCAGAGGUCCAUAUGUUUCAGGAGUGGUGUUUCCCUACCAGCCUCAACAUGGCCGCUACAACCUAGCCUUCAAGGAAGCCCAAAAAGCCUGUAAUGACCAAGAUGCUGCUAUCGCCACAUUCGAUCAGCUCUUCGCUGCAUGGCAGGGAGGGCUGGACUGGUGUAAUGCUGGCUGGCUGGCAGAUGGCACAGUGCAGUACCCCAUUGUCCAGCCCCGACAGCCUUGCGGAGGCCUUGAUCUGGCUCCUGGGUUACGCAGCUAUGGAGCCAGGCAUAAACAUAGAAACCGUUAUGAUGUCUUCUGUUUUACCUCCACUGUUAUGGGACAAGUGUACUUCUUGCAGCAUCCUCAGAAGUUCAACUUUACCAUGGCAGUCCAGGCCUGUAUUGACGAUGGUGCACAGAUUGCCAAAGUUGGUCAGUUGUUUGCAGCAUGGAUGUUUUCAGAGCUGGACCAAUGUGAUGCAGGAUGGCUAGCAGAUGGAAGCCUGCGUUACCCAAUCAGCAACCCUCGCCCGAACUGUGGCCCUCUGAAGUCAGGGGUCCGUAGCUUUGGCUUCCCUUUGCCAUAUCACAGACACGGUGUAUACUGCUAUAGAUCUAGGUAAAGGAUCUUUGAGACUUAGUGCCUGUUGAAUGUGAAAUAAGAGGUACAACAGCCGUCUAUCUAACUGUAUGUUUGGACUUUUCUAAGAACUUGGAUGAGAAGAGAUGGAAGGACAAAUUUGAUUGACAAUUUAACCUUACACAUUGUCCAGAUAUAAUUGAGAUUCUGCCUCAGAUUGAUUUGAAUAGCUUAGGUCACUAGGAAAAAUAUUAAUUAUGUACAAGUACCUAGUUCAUAAUUUCAGUGACAAAUUAUUACAACAAGAGCAUAUGGACAUAGUGUUUUUCCAAUUAAAUCCCAUCUGAUUAAACUAAUUUUAGCUGAAGAAAGAUCAGACAUUUAGGCCAGUAAUCCCCUACUUUUACUAAUACAUUUAAAAUUUUUCAUUAUUCAUGAAACAAUAUUUACCUUACUAACUUCACGAAAAUAUCAAGGCACACUAAUACUAAUACAAAAUCCAAAUUGUUCCCUGAAAAUUAUUUUUAAUUUCCAAUUUCAAAAAAGACAAAGCUGCUUAGAUUGAUCAAGCAUAAGUUUCUUAUCAUUAGUCACAGUAAUGGUUAUGUAUUUUCAGUUAUAUCAGGUUAAAUAUUUCUGUCAAGCUCUUUUCUCUUUAUUAUUAUUAUUAUUAUUAUUAUUAUUAUUAUUAUUAUUAUUAUUCUCAUCAUCAUCAUUUUAGUGGAGCUUCUGAACCCUGAAGCACUUUCUGAACUAAAAAAAUGGAUAAUGUGAUUAUUGUCUUGUAGAUAUUUAUAUUAUCAACUAUUUAAUCAUACCUUGCUUUUAUGAACUACCUUUCUAGAUUCAUUCAUUUCUAAGAAAUAGGAAAGAUGUAACUUUUUUUUUUUUUAAAUAUUAAGUUCUAUAUGAAUACAAAAGGUGGUGGUUUCAUUUAAUGCAAAAAUAUGCCAUUUUCGUAAAAAAAUAUAUAGCAAUUGCACAUCAAAAUGACCACAUAAUGUAUUUUUCUACCAGCAGUGUAUUUCUGUAUCAUUAACUACUCAGCCUGCACUGAUCAAGGAUCAGUUCUACAUCCUAAUGAAUCCUGUUAGAUUACUAAAGAGAAACCAACUGUAUAAUCACACUUGAGACGCUUGAUAAAUGAGUUACUGCCUUACAAAUUUCCACUUCAGCUCUGAAACUGAACCUGUCCUACCAGUAGGGGUCUCAGUGUGUGAGUGUACCCUGUGGACGUGGAGGAGCUCUAGGUAAGAGAGGAGAAAGGGCCGUGUGCAUAAGAGGAGCCCUAAAAGAGCCCAUUCAGUCAAAGGCUACCCUACACUCCACCCUACUGAGCACACUGCAACGCUUGUAAUUUUACAACUCUUGUAAUUUCAAGGGUACUUAUUGCUCUAUUCCAAGCCCAGCUGCAUUUUUAGACUGGGCUGGACAAGGUGAAA